ACCUCUUCUUUAGUACACUGUAAUGUACUGUUCCCAUGAUGAUGAUUUUGCAGUGCUCCUCAGCAGUUGUGGUUACUGCAAUGAAUGGUAACACUAUUCAUCCAGGCCACCGCAGCAGCACCGCAGGAGGAGGCUGGAGGGAGUUCUGUGAGCUCCAUGCCAUCGCCACGGCCCGGCAGCUCGCAGGACACUACCGCAGCUUUGCCCAGGAGCGCCAUGACGUGUUGCCCCCGGAGACCUUCUCCAAACAGUUCUCCGACCUGUUCCAGCAGUACUUCUGCUGCGAGGUGGAGAAGGACGCUCAGACAAACCACAGCACCUGCCCCCACACCCCCAAUUCACCUAAUGCCCCGCACCUGUCUGAGGCCCAGGACUACCGCCAGGCUGCCCCCCAGAGGCCUGGAGCUGCUCUCUUGUCCCAAAAAGCAGAGCCGGUGGCGGUAAGCCCCGAGCAGGAGGUGCCCCUUCGAUGUUCAGCAGGAAACCCUGUGGUGUUCAGAACUGGUGUUUGUAGCCGUAGUAACGAAGACCUCCCAGGCUCGCAGCGGGCUCCGGUGUUGCAAAGGCACUCGUCCGACUCGACCCCGGUGCAUGCUGAUGUCACACACUUCUCUGUCAGUCAGAUCCGACAGACUGUCCGCCGUCUGCUUCAGAAGAGCUCUCCAGCUCCACAGCGCCACCAUGUGGACAGGGCCGAGCCAGUGUCAUCCUCUUCUUCUGCUGGCUCUGACGUGCCGCUGCUCACUUCCUCGUCACGCCCCGCUGCAGGUGUGGCGUCUCACUUCUUCGAUCGUUUCCGGUGGCUUCGUCCUGGCAGCAUGCGGCGCAGGGGGGCGGAGCUCGGCAGCUGCUGUAAAGAGGAUCUGCUCCGCUACCUGCAGGUGGAUGACACCAUCUCAGACUCUCAGCCUCAAUGGCAACGCUGCCGCCUGCUGGUCAGGAGGGUCAGGGACACGCAAAGAGGCCGAGGUGCAGGGGAGAGGUACCAGCUGGAGCUCUAUGAUCCACCCAAGGUAAGCACUGGCAGAAGUCUUUUUAUGUUAUGUUUGAACCUGUGCUAUGGUUUGUUAAGAGUCUAUGCUGAGGCUUUGGAUUAUUGA